UAAACCCCUCCAACAUUUCAUCUUCGUAACUCAUACCAAACAACUUUAUAGCCAUAAUCCCACAAUGUCUCAUCAACCCAAUUUCGAACCCAUCUCAAUAUGCAGUACAAAAUCGAGAUCCGACCAAACCAUCGCCUCGGAUCUCAACGGUACCCUUCUUGUUUCCCACAACCCGUUCCCGUACUACUUCCUCAUAGCACUUGAAGCCGGAAGCAUUUUUCGGGCCAUCUUUCUAUUACUAGCCUUCCCAUUCCUCUACAUCAUUUCCCUCUUUUCUGAACCAACCGCCACUCAUCUUUAUAUUUUCAUCUCAUUUGUCGGGCUAAGAAUCCGGGAUAUUGAACUUGUUUCAAACUCGGUGUUACCUCGAUUCUAUGCAGGUGAUGUUCGCCCCGAUUCGUGGAGGGUGUUCAACUCAUUUGGGAAAAGGUAUGUGGUGACAUCGAGCCCGAGGGUUAUGGUUGAACCCUUUGUGAAAAAUUAUCUAGGGGCUGAUAAGGUGUUGGGGACUGAACUCGAGGUCUCAAAAUCGGGUCGAGCCACCGGGUUGGUUAAGGGGCCUGGUGUUCUUUUUGGCCCACUUAAAAAAACUGCCAUUUUGCAAGAGUUUAGCGGUUCGAAUCUGCCUGAUUUGGGUCUUGGAGAUAGUGAGACUGACAAAGAUUUCAUGUCAAUUUGCAAGGAAGGUUAUAUGGUACCAAGAACAAGAUGCGAGCCCUUACCAAGAAACAAGCUUCUACGCCCCAUCAUUUUCCACGAAGGACGUCUACUGCAAAGGCCUACACCACUCGCGGCUCUACUUACCUUCCUAUGGAUGCCCAUAGGCAUUUUCCUAUCCAUCCUUAGAAUUUACCUCAACAUACCUUUACCCGAAAAGAUUGUAUACUACAACUACAAGAUCCUUGGAAUCAAACUUGUUAUUAAGGGCACCCCACCGCCCCCUCCUAAACAAGGACAAAGUGGGGUGCUCUUUGUGUGCAACCAUCGUACCGUCAUAGACCCUGUGGUCACUGCUGUCGCCCUAGGAAGAAAGAUAAGUUGUGUCACGUAUAGCAUUAGUAAAUUCUCUGAGUUAAUUUCACCUAUUAAAGCGGUUGCAUUGGCAAGGGAGAGAGAUAAAGAUGCCGCACAUAUUAAAAAACUGUUGGAAGAGGGUGAUUUGGUCAUUUGCCCGGAGGGAACUACAUCUAGAGAACCCUUCUUGCUUCGAUUUAGCGCUCUUUUUGCAGAACUUACAGACAGGAUCGUGCCAGUUGCUAUUAAUACAAAACAAACUGUGUUCUAUGGGACAACGGCUCGUGGGUAUAAGUCCUUGGACCCAUAUUUUGUAUACAUGAACCCUAGGCCAACGUACGAGAUAACCUUCUUGAAUCAACUGCCUCUGGAACUUACUUGCAAAGGCGGGAAAUCUGCAUUUGAGGUGGCAAACUAUAUUCAAAGAGUGAUAGGGGAUACACUUGGAUUUGAAUGCACUAAUUUGACUAGAAAGGACAAGUAUGUGAUGAUGGCUGGAACGGAUGGUCGUGUUGAGACCAAGAAGCUGGAUAAGUCUCAAUAGAGGAACCAAACCAAGUGAUUUGAUUCAGAUUUAUAUAGUUUGUUGUUAUUAUUAUUUCGUUUUUGAAUAAUCUUGCAAAGAAGUAUUAAAACAGUUUGGUUUAUUAAUUUACAUUCUUAGUUAAACUA